GCAGGGGUCUAACACGAAAAAGGCGGCUUGUUAUCAAUCGAGCCAAGCAAACUAUCGCUUCCGUCGCCGGCGAGUCCCUUCCUCUCCGACCGCCGACCGCCGCCGCCGCCGCCGCCGCCGCCGCGGGAGGGGAGACGAUGGGGCUCUUCGACGGGUUCCGCCUCGACACGCUGCUGAAGCGCGUCUGCAAGUCGCUGCUGAAGAAGCGGCUCGGGGAUCUGAUCCUCGGCGACCUCGACCUCGACCAGUUCGACAUCCAACUCGGCCGCGGCACGGUGCAGCUCAACGACCUCGCCCUCAACGCCGAUUUAAUAAACCGCAAGUUGUCGGGAUCUCCUAUUAUGCUGAAAGAAGGAUCGAUAAAAUCCCUGCUAGUUAGAUUUGCUGCUAGUUGCGAGAUUGUUGUGGAAGAACUGGAGCUUGUCCUUUCUCCAUCUGUUGCAAGUGAAGUUGUGGAUGUGCAUAAUGAAUGCUCUGUCUCUGGUUGUACAAGUGACACACAGACAUCAGUCAAGACCCAAAGAUACGAAUCCGAUAGUAAUCAGUGUUCUACUUCUGUAUCUCGAGAUGUGGAUGAAGGUGUCAAGAGAAUUGCCAAUGCCGUCAAAUGGUUUCUGACAAGAUUUAAUAUCAAGUUAAAGAAUGUAUAUGUUGUAUUUGAUCCUCAAACCAGUUUGGAUAGUAGGCUCCCAGAAACUAAUCGAUCUCUGGUUUUCCGAAUUAAAGAGCUAGAAUUUGGAACCCACCUCGGUCAGUUUAAACUGGACAACUUUUUAACUUUCCAUGAGGCGGUCAUUGAGUUAUUGAAGAUGGAUGAUGUCGAUGCACUGCUUCAAAAUGAUCCAGUUAGAGGAACAACUGACAUUUCAGCAUGCCAUAGUACUACUGCAGUCUUGACAGGUCCCAUUGGUGGAUUCUCAGGGAAACUCAACUUAAGCAUUCCAUGGAAUAAGGGGUGCUUGAACUUUGAGAAAAUUGAUGCAGAUGUAUCCGUUGAUUCAUUAGAGUUACGGUUACAAAUAAGCAGUAUCCGGUGGAUCAUGAAUGUAUGGGAUUCUCUCCAAAGAAAGCCAGUAGACGAACAAAAUUCCGCUCAUAAUGCUGCAGAUAUCUCUAUUAGCUCUUUCAGGUCUACCUUGUGUUCACCUGCAUCAAGCUCUUUGAAAUCAGGUUCAGAUUCUGUGAUAGGCACCAGCGAAUGCUUGGCCCAUAGCACAUUUUCUCAAAGCAGGCAAGAGAAAAUUCAGGAUUCUUUCCUUACAAGGGCAUAUGUAAUAACAGACUGGAUGGAGCCUGUUGCCUCUGAGGAUCAAGGCGACCCUGAUUCAGAUUGUGAUGAAAGCAUUGAUCAAUUCUUUGAAUGUUUUGAGGAAUUGAGGAACUCCCAAUCUAGUUUGGGAAACAGUGGUAUAUGGGACUGGACUUGUUCAGUAUUCAAUGCCAUAAGUUUUGCAUCAACCUUAGCUUCUGGAUCAGAUCAAGUUCCUAAAGAACCAGUGAUUGAGAAGACCCUACGAGCCUCCGUUGCUGAGGUAUCUGUUCUUCUUUUGUUCAGUGAUGACAUGGAUAUCGACGCUUCCAGUGUUCCUGUCAGUGCAUUGGAUGAUAUGAGAAAUUCUGAAAUGUUUUCGAGCUGCCUUUCCUCUCAGCAUUUUGAGAAAUCAAUUGUAUCUCCUGCUACUGCGUCCAGCUUAAAUAUGCAUCAUCUCGAAGCCAAGUGUCAGAAAAUUCAUCUUGAUCUACAGACCUAUCCAGAAAAUGUUAGGUUCAAGGCAUCAAUCGCUCAAGUGAAGCUUGAUGAAUACUACCAUGCUGGAAACAACAAUUCAGAUGAUUCACACCUUGGUAACCACUUCUUGAAUAAUAACUUGCGGCAAGGAGUUCAAGCUUCCCUCCCUCAGUGCCUGUUUGCUGCUGGAGAUCCCUCAGUUGAAACCUAUGAACUUUGUGGCAACAAUUCAUGUGAACUGAUUAAAGUUGAAUUGCUAAAAACUUUUGGCGAGUGCACAUUCCAUUAUGAUGUUAGUACCAAAGAUCAAGAUGGCAAUUUAGUAAGCUCAACUUCUAUGUCGAUCUGUUUGGCUCCUUUGGUUUUAUGGGUGCAUUUCCAUACACUAUACAUGUUAUUGAGUUUUAUCAGUAAAGUUGAGUCUGAUUUGUCACAUGGAGAGCAUAAAAUUCACAUGCAUGGUGAUGAUAAUGGAAGCAGGUUGACCACCAGCACAGGUGUGUCCUCAAAUGGAAGUCUAAAGGUUCAGAUAUCCAUGUCACCUGCAAGAAUCAUCCUUUGCUUUCCAUCUGAGUUUCAGUGGGAUUUAAGCCACCCAUCUGUCCUGGAUAAGUUCCUGGUGAUCGACCACACGUCAUGUCUGAACGUCGCAGAAGCUGCAUCUCAUCCUCAAAAUGAAUUUCUUAAUGAGGUUCAUCUUGGCAAGCCAUGUACCUCAAUCCGUUUGGCUACAGGGAACUUCGACAUCUAUUUGGUUAAACCUGCCAAUGAUGUACUGGAUGGUAGAGUCUGUUCUUCAAGUAGGCAAACUUUCUCUACAAUGAAGAUUUUUUCUGUUACUGGAGCCAGUUGUAAUGACUCUGGAAUCACACUUAUUAGGAGAAAGUAUCCUGUAACUUGCCCUGAGAUGGUGAGCAAAGCAUGGAGUUUGGCAAAGCUUCAUGAUCAAUUGAUUACUAAAAAACAGAACAGCAAAUGGGCUGGCAUUUCCCCUUCUACAGCACAAGAUCUUGAGGAGACAGGAUCUAGCAUGCGCCAGGAGCUCAUUAAGAGCUCUGAGCUCUUACUUCAUGUUAAACUUUCUUGUGUCUCAGUACAAGUUUGUAAAAAGGAUUGCGGACUACUAAAUAAGUUGCUAGAUCAUGUCCUUGAUGGGAUAUCAAAUGAAGAAACAAGCACAUCUGAAAAUUGCAAGGACAAAUCUGUUCCAAAUGAUAUUUGCAUCCAAACAUCCGUCAUUUUUGAAUGCAGCAUCUUGGAAAUUUGCACUGAAUUGGAUGAAACAGUGGAAGUUGGUCCUUUGUUACAGACAGAACUAGAAGGAUCCUGGAGCUCGCUUAAGUUGAAAGUUUCAAAUUUUUCUCUUUUCUCUUAUUCUAAUGUUGGACGACUCAACAAUGCCAGUUUUCUUUGGGUGAAUCAUGGUGAAGCUGAGCUUUGGGGUUCUGUUAGUGUUAAGGAUGAUAAAGUCCCUGGAGAAAGCAAAGAUUUUCUUAUAGUGGUUUGCAAGGACUCUGCUUGCAGGCGGGGUGAUGGUGAAGGUACUAAUGUGUUGUCUAUUGGCACUGCUGGCUGUUCUGUGACCCACAUCAGGAACCCAAAGCUAAAAGAGAACUACACUUCUGUUGGUGUUCGUUCUGGUACAAUUGUGGCACCUGGUGGCCGUAUGGAUUGGAUCAAUGCGAUGUGCCUGCUGUUCAGUUCAGGUUCAGAUGGAACUGGAAAGUCAGAUAAUAGUAACACAGUAAAUAGUUCUCGGUCUGGUGAACCAUAUGCAUCAUCUUUCUUUCUUGAGUUGACUGAUGUUGCUGUUAGCUAUGAACCUCACUUCAAAUAUUUCACUCUCACUGCCGAAGCAACGGACCCAAAGUUUUUCUCGUGCAUCUUAGCUGCGUCAUCAUUUAAACUUCAUAAUAAAUCUUCAUCAGCCUCUGCAGCCACUGAUUUUGAUAUCCAGUUACGUGAUCUUGGGGUUCUCCUUUCAGAGUCAUCUGGAUCAAAAAAUGUCACUUGUGGUUAUGGUGUAGAUUACCUUCGUCAAGCAGGUUAUGUUAAGGUUGCCCAGAACACAUUCAUCGAAGCUUCUCUAAGAAUCGAUUCUUCCUUUUGGAAGCUUGAAAUAUUGGAUUCCCAAUUUGAUAUUGCUACUUGUCGUGAUACAACUUAUGGUCUUAUUCGUUUAGGCUCCCAACUCCAGCAGCUAUAUGGUCCAGAUAUGCGGGAUGCUUUAGAUCAUCUACAAUCUAGGUGGAAUAGUGUCCAACAAGCAAACAAGCAAAAUAUAGCUGCUGAUGCAUCAGACAAGUCUGAGAGCAGUUUGGAGAAUAUGACGGAUUCUGGUGAUUGCCAGUCAGAUGGACUGCUUGAUGAUAUCAUUGAGAAUGCUUUUUACACAGAGGACUACAUGGCCAAUGACUUUUGGGAGAGCAAUUGCUGUCACUCAGUUAGUAGCAGUGAAACAGAUGAUGGGUUUGAACUGAACACGGCCACUUCUCAUGUUUUGCUUAGAUCAUCAUUGGUUACUUCGGAAACCAAUGUUACUCAAAUACCACUGAGACAAGACUCCUGUCCUGAUCAAAUCAUUGACUCAUAUUAUAUGCCUGAACUUCAUCAAUCGUCAUCAGCUCCAUGUAUUGAAGAGCAUAAGUGUACAUCUGGCGGGGAGAGUGAAGAUGGUGGAUGGUAUAACAAUGUUCCCUUGACAAUAGUUGAGAACCAUGUUUCGAAAAAGAAAAGCAAAAAAGGAGAGCAAAUACUUCAACAAGAAGUGAAGGCAUCUGUUUGCCACUUGAAUACUGAUGAUGAAUCCUGUAAUCUUAAAGGAAAGAUUCUUAUUCACGAUAUAGAUGUCAAGUGGCGGCUGUAUGCUGGAAAUGACUGGUUAUUACCUCAGAAAGAUCCAACUAGCUUCGCAUGCACAGAUGGCAGAGAUAGGAGCUCUUCUUUGGAGUUUUCCCUGACAGGGCUCAGUAUCCAACUUGACAUGUAUCCAGAUGGAGAUGUUUCUAUAUCUAAGCUAUCCAUUGCUGCUCAGGACUUAAGUCUUUGUGAUCAAAGUAUCCAUGCUCCGUGGAAACUGGUUCUUGGAUGUUACAACUCAAAGGAUUACCCAAGAGAAUCUUGCUCUAGUGUAUUCAGGUUUGAACUGGAGUCUGUAAGGCCCGAACCGCAUGCUCCUUUGGAAGACUACAGGCUUCAUCUGGAGAUUUUACCUCUACAGUUGCAUCUUGAUCAAGGGCAACUUAACUUCCUAAUAAAGUUCUUUCAGAAUGAUUUGUGUAACAAUGACCCUCAUUUGCAAAGCGAAAAAGAGAUUUUCAAUGUGAAAAGCACAAGCUAUGGAAGAAAUACGGUUGUGGAUGAGGCAUUACUUCCUUUCUUUCAGAAAUUUGAUGUAAAGCCGCUUGUUCUGCACAUUAAUUAUAUACCUCGUCAGUUUGACCCCAUUGCACUAGGCAAAGGAAAUUAUGCAGAACUUCUCAACAUUCUUCCGUGGAAGGGAAUUGAUUUGAAGCUUAAGCAUGUUUCUGCAAUGGGUGUUUAUGGAUGGAACAGCAUAUGUGAUACAGUAGCUGCAGAAUGGUUGGAGGACAUUUCUAAAAACCAGGUUCACAAAUUGUUAAAAGGGCUUCCUCCAAUAAGAUCACUAGUUGCUGUGAGUUCAGGGACUAAGAAGUUGGUAUCUUUGCCCAUAAAAAGCUACAAGAAGGACCGUAAGUUGCUCAAGGGAAUGCAAAGAGGUGCAGUUGCUUUUAUAAGGAGUGUUUCCAUUGAAGCGGUAGGGCUUGGUGUCCAUUUGGCUGCGGGAGCUCAUGAUAUGCUUGUGAAGACAGAACGGGCCCUUACAGCUGUUCCACCACCUUUAGCUUCAUGUGAAGCGAAACGAACAAAACACAACAUAAGAGCUAACCAACCUGAAAGUGCGCAACAAGGGAUAAAACAGGCUUAUGAAAGCUUAACUGAUGGGUUUGGAAAGACUGCCUCGGCUUUGAUUAGCAAUCCUAUUAAAGCUUAUAAUCGGGCUGGUGCUGGAUCAGCCCUGGCUACUGCAAUAUGUGGAGCACCAGCUGCUGCAGUAGCUCCAGUAUCGGCAUCUGCUCGUGCUUUCCAUUGUGCGCUUGUUGGGCUAAGGAACAGCCUUGAUCCUGAGCACAAGAAAGAAUCCAUGUGCAAAUACCACGGACCUUCUCAAUUGUAGAAUUCAUUGAGAAGACUGAGGUGUCCCUUCAUUCUUUUGCACUCCUUGCAUUGUCUCUAUCUUGGACGAGCUGGUUGGGGAGCACACGUGCUGCAGUCUCCUCCAAUGGUGGAGGGGCAAACUUGUACAGUGUGUACAGAUCGUAGGACAGAUUAUAUAUAGCGUCGUCAAAGUCUUCUACACCAUGUAAAUUAAAAAUGCGAGGGUUGUAAACCUAUAAUUGCCCAGGCUGGUGGAAGUUUUGUAAUCCCUUUUCCAUGGCUUGGGAAGAUGACCUGUGGCCGGCACGACUGGCCCCCACUGUACAUAUGGUUGCCCUGGGAGUUGUGUGCAUGUAAAUAUCGAUUUUUCUUCAGUUGAGUGUGCCUGGUAGCUUGCCAAACCGAUGACUAAGUUAUCACUUUUGCAAGUGUAAAUAUUUCUAUCAAUGUUUUGAUCUGUUGCUGGUGACAAGAGUUGUUGCUUUGACUAAAGCAAAAUGAGAAAAAAAGGGUGCAAUAGCAUUACUAUUA